AUGUCAUCAAGAGCAUUGGAGGCACUUCUUCAGUGGGGUACGUCCUACGGCGUUAUGAUUUCAGAGGGUCUUAAGUUUGUGUAUAGCGAUCUGAAAGGCAUUAUUUGCAUAUGCGAAAAAGAUAUAGAUGAACCUAGCGUCAAGAUCCCUCCCGAAAUCAUUAUUUCAAGGAAUCUAGCUAUUAAUUUUUUCAGGCUCGAUGAAUCGACUGUAAAUGUUAAUGGAUGGCUAAAGCUGUUCCUGGCCAAAAUAAGAUUUGAUAAGGAUGAUGAUACCAUCGUCGACAAUGUUCGUUUGAAUAGGAAAUUCGAACCUUAUCUGAAUGCGUUGCCUUCUCGACUUAACUCGCCAUUAAUUUGGAAUCCAAGUGAGCUGGAACGUUUAUCAUCCACGAACUUGGGGAAUUCCAUUCAUGAAAAACUUGCGAAUAUAUUCAAAGAAUGGUUUGAAUUGGUCACUUCUUCUGACGUCUUUGAUCUAAAAAAUGUGGCAGAUGAUAUUCAGACUUAUCACACACUUAAUGAGGUGGCAUAUGAGACUUUGUAUGAGCGAAUAUUGAAGAAGACAGAACUUCAAACCCCAACCAUUUGGUAUUCCUUUUCUGCAUUUUUAUGGUCACAACUCAUAUUUACUUCAAGAGCAUUCCCUGAAUAUGUGUUGAACAGUUCCUGUCCCGAUAACUCUAUUGUAUUACUUCCGAUCAUUGAUCUUCUAAAUCAUGACUAUCAUUCCAAAGUCAAAUGGUAUCCUGAAGAUGGAUGGUUCUGCUAUAAAAAAAUGGGUACUGCUCCCCAGGCACUGGAAUUAUCAAACAAUUAUGGCGGUAAAGGAAAUGAAGAAUUACUGUCUGGAUAUGGGUUUGUCCUAGAGGAUAACAUAUUUGACUCAGUGGCUCUAAAAAUAAAAUUGCCAUUAGACGUGGUCUCUACAAUUCUUCAAAUGAAACCAGCUUUGGAGUUGCCCAUACUAUCGGACUACACAACUUUUGCCUUCGAAAACAAGUGCGAUGGCCAACAAGACGAUGAGACUGCUCGUAGUGUUACAGACUACGUUGAUGGGGUAACUUAUUUCAUUAAUACGCAAAACGAACGGAGCUUGGGGCCAUUAUUAGAUCUUUUCACCUACUUAGCCAAAACCGAAGAGGAAACUAUACAUGAUUUAAGAGCCCGACUCGAAGGGAUACAAACGCUAAGAAACGCGUUGGAAAGCAAAUUGAAUACUAUCAUUGAACCACCUGCAACCGAUGGCUCAUACGCAAUCGAUCCUUACAGACUUCAUUGCGCUGAUGUUUAUAGUAAAAGUCAGAGGCAAAUCUUGAAAAAAGCUGUAACAAGAUUGAGAAGGCUAGAGAAAACAAUGUUAUCAGAGAAUAAACACCGUUUACUCACUAUGAACAAAAUCAUAAAGAAUGAUCCCGCCUUCGUAGAGACAGAAUUACCUUCGUUGUUUAGCAAUGAAGAUGAUGAAGAAGUCGUCUUUGAGUCCACUUACGAUCUAUUGAUUCUCUGGAUUUUACUGAAAAUGAGAAGGCGUUCGUUUCCCACCAAAUAUGAUUGGGUUAAACAGCAGUAUGCUAACUUCGAGAACUCUGCAUACGUCUCAGAUGAUUCCAAGACCUUCCAUACCCAGUAUUUUGGAAAACAAGACAAUGUGGACUUGAAGCACGUGGACGACGCGAUUCAGUUCGUGGUAGCCAAUUCUUUCACCAGAGCGUUCUCUACAUCCGCAGAGACUAUCCUCGUACGCAAAUAG